AUGGCUGCUUCCAACGUCCUGCGGUCCUCUGCGGGCCGCAUCACGCGGUUCCGCUCAUCCCCAAGCCAGAAUACCCUCCCUGCCGUCCCGACGACAAGAGCCGGCUUCUCGACGACACCUCAUGCGUGCAAGCGAAGGACCAAGGACAACAACGCAAGCCGCGGCGUCAGCAGCCUGUACGGUUCGGGGCCUCGUGAGAACCUGUCCAUGUCGGACGUGCCGCUGCCGAAACCACGCGACUUCAAGCCCAAGAUCGCCAUGGACGAAAAUCACGGGCUGUGGGGGUUCUUCCCCUCCCAGGGCAAGCUGCUGUGGACGCCAAAGGAAACGGAGGAGCACGGAAGGCCGUGGGCGGUCGAGGAGCUGCGGAAGAAAUCCUGGGAGGACCUGCAUGCACUGUGGUGGGUGUGCUGCAAGGAGCGAAACAUGUUGGCCACGUCCAAGGUUGAGUUGGCACGGGGGGCGUUGGGCUUUGGCGAGAGGGAAAUCGAGAUGCGGGACGAAGCGGUCCAGAAGUCGAUGCGGGCCAUCAAGCACGCAUUGACGGAACGAUACUACACCUGGCAGGACGCCGUCGAUGUGGCGAAAUCGGACAUCGAGAUCGACCUCGAGUCGCAAGAUGGACAAGCGUACAAGCCAUCUGCGUACGAGGACGAGCCAGAGACGUCGGAUGCAUGGACAGAGCAGCCCCAGAGGAGCACGAUGACGACGAAACCCGAAAAGGAAGCCACCGCCUGA